AUGGCUCAAUCAGCCCCUACAAACAUCGACUUGAGCAGUCUCUGGAGCGACGGUACUGGUCAGACACCCAACGGAGCUGAAUUCUCUCAGAUCCUCAGAGGAACUGACCGCUACAAUGAGUAUCUUGAGUAUGUGACCAGAGGUUGCAACCGCAAUGCCCAGAUGGCUGCUCAAUAUGGCCACAUCAAGCUCACCGGAGACCUUCCUCAAGGCUACACUCUCUGGCUCCAAGACAACGGUGGCAAGAAGACAGUCUUGUGGCUCUACGGCCAUCCCAGAGGCAACUUCCGCUCCGCUCUCAACUUCAGUGAUCACAUUCCUGAGAUGCUGGCUGCCAACGACGCCAGAGAGCGCCGCGUCCGCGCUGAAGUCAAGGCUACCAACGACGAGAAGGCCCGGGAAGACAUCAAGCAGAACAACAAGGAUGCCCUCCUCUACAACGCUGUCUUCGGUGACCAAUUCAAGCAGUACAACGAGGACGAGCAACUUCAUGUCUCUCCUUACACCUUCCUCACCGAGCAGCAAGCCAACGAUGCAGUUCUUGCAGACCCUCUUUCCCAAAUCCACUUCUCUAUGCACAAACAAUUCUCAUACUCACACGCUGAGUUGGAGCACCGAGCUCCAAACGACCCGUCAUCAGCCCGUGGUCUUUCUCAUCCAGUUUCAAAAACAUUCUGCCUCUACACAGAGCAUGAACACCAAAGCAUGAUUAUCAGAGCAUCACUACACCACAGUCAUUACCGCUUGGAGACAAGAGAUCAAAGUCAACAGUCAAGGACCUGA